AUGAAUGAGUUAAUAGCCGAGUGUAUGAUUGGUACAUCUUUUCUUCCCUUCGCGAAAUGUCAUUUCUCCCCAUUAGUACUAACUGCGAAGCGUAUUGUGCAACACGAACUCACAAUCUGCUUACGAGAUAACGUAUAUCAGGCUCAUGCCAUCUGCAACAGAAGUCUGCUUACCUCAAAAACCUUAUCAAUGAAAAAUUUCAAAAGCUCUGUAUUUGAAAAGUCGCAUUUGUCAAUCCUAAAUGUCUCGCUGUAUGAAGGCUCAUCCCCAAUUUUGUGUCAUUUUCUGUUGAAUUUGUCGUCCGCAACUCAAUCAAGUUUUGAUUAUGUCAAACUUCGUCGCUGCUCACUCGCAACAAACGCUUUGGCUCAUCCUUAUCCAUUACUUUGGUUUCGGCUUGCAUCUCUCAUAGGGCUGAACGCCCUUCUAGAGUACAUUCGUCUCUGGGAAGAGAACUUUUUAUUCCAAUCAUCUGCCGACCCACUACAAAUCCGUUCAGCACCAGCCACACGUACCUCAUCCCUUGGUGGUUAUUUUUUUAAAAUAGUUAUUCGAAAGGCAGAUGGAAUAGUGAGCUCUAAUGAGAAUAAAGCCGGAAUUUUAGAGUUUUUACUGAAGAAGGAAGGAACAAAUGUUAAGGAAUGCGAACUGAAUUUUCUUCGACUUAGUUCUUUGGAUAAAUUAGAUAUUAGAGAGAAUUACGAGUUUAUUAAACAAGCUUUCAAAAUUGCAAGUCUUAUCAACGAAUAUCACUCGCGUUUGUCGCCAAUCGUUUCUUUCAAAAGUGUUUUAAGUGACCAAACUUCAGAGUGUAAUAGACUGGCAUUACAUCCGCCAAGCACCAACCGUCACAAUGUAUUCCAUUCUAUUACAAUGAAAUUCUAA